GGCCGGGCUGGGCCCCCGGGAGACUUCUAAGCGGGCUGGCCUGGAGGGCAUUAAGCAUUUCUGGCCAGACCCCAGGCGCCGAGUCACGCUUGGGCACGCAGCCCUGUUCCUGCGCGGUUCCGGGAGCUGCCAGGGGAGCCAUUCAUCCACCCGGGUGGCGGAGUGAGCCGGACUCGCCGGAUGGGCAAGCGGUUUCGAACACCUUCACACCUUCCUCCCCAAGCCUGUGUCCGAGGAGGGCCCGAGUCGCCAGUGUGCAGUCCAGGCUCUGCCUGCGACCCGACCCGACGCAGGGCAGCCUGUCUGGGCUUUCUCUGCUUUUAUCUGGAGGCUUAAUUUAUUCAACAGGUGUGGCAGGCGUGCUUGUGGGACACCCAUUUGACACGGUCAAGGUGAGGCUUCAGGUGCAGAGCGUGGAGAAGCCCCAGUACCGAGGGACCCUGCACUGCUUCCAGGCCAUUGUCAAGCAGGAGAGCGUGCUGGGCCUGUACAAGGGCCUAGGCUCGCCCCUCAUGGGGCUCACCUUCAUCAACGCGCUGGUGUUUGGAGUGCAGGGUAACACCCUCCGGGCGCUGGGCCGCGACUCGCCGCUGAACCAGUUCCUGGCAGGCGCAGCGGCGGGUGCCAUCCAGUGCGUCAUCUGCUGCCCGAUGGAGCUGGCCAAGACCCGGCUGCAGCUGCAGGACGCGGGCCCGGCCCGCACCUACAAGGGCUCCCUGGACUGCCUGGUGCAGAUCUACCGGCGCGAGGGCCUGCGCGGCGUCAACCGCGGCAUGGCGUCCACGUUGCUGCGGGAGACGCCCAGCUUCGGCGUCUACUUCCUGUCCUACGACGUGCUCACGCGGGCGCUGGGCUGCGAGCCUGGCGACCGGCUGCUGGUGCCCACGCCGCUGCUGGCGGGAGGCAGGUCGGGCAUCGUGUCCUGGCUCUCCACCUACCCCGUAGACGUGGUCAAAUCGCGGCUGCAGGCCGACGGGGUGCAUGGCGCCCCGCGCUACCGUGGCAUCCUCGACUGCGUGCGCCAGAGCUACCAGGCUGAGGGCUGGCGCGUGUUCACACGGGGGCUGACCUCCACGCUGCUGCGCGCCUUUCCCGUCAACGCCGCCACCUUUGCCACUGUCACCGUCGUGCUCACCUAUGCGCGAGGCGAGGAGGCCCGGCCUGAGGGUGAAGCUGUGCCCACGGGGCCCGCGCUGGGCCAGCCUUCCAGCCUGUGACGCCGGCUCGCACCCAGCUUCCUAGGGUUCAGAAACCAACACGGACAUACUUGGCUAUCAGACUCACUCCACGUGUCAGUACAUUGGGAAACUCGCCCAAGACCUCAGGGGCCAGAGGUGGUGCUGGCCCUGCACCACACGGCUCAGUGAAGGCACUGUGCUAGAACGUUCUCCUGGGGGCCUUCCGGACACUCCAGCCUGGCCCACAGGCAUCCAGCCACCGCCUUGGUGCUCCUGCCCUGAAAGCUGGCUCCACCGGGCCACCAACAGGCUCCCCAGGGGCUUGCAAACUCCCCGAUCUUCCGUGCCCCGAGCUCCUGAGGAGACACCUGGCCACCUCCCAGGACUCUGGCGGAGGCAGGGGCAGCUCAGAGUGCCUCCCUGUGUUGGAGAUCUGGCUCCUCUCCUGGGGCACCCCAGUAACUCCACAUGGCACUGCAGGGGUGCCCCAGCUGCUGCCACUCCCACAGGAGUGACCGGGGGCACACCAGGCAGCCAUGGGGCCUGCUGGAGGGUCCACAUCAGCUGACGACCUGGGCAGGAGGAGGUAGGCCCUGGGAGGGUCUCCGGGUAAAUUGCGAUGCAGCCGUACUGGGGAAGUCCUGUCAGUGCUGGGUGUCAGGGUCUCUGACCCUCCGCCAGCAGCCAGGGCUCCCAGGCAUGCAGAGGUUUUGCAGAGAGCAGCACGGGACCCCCCAGCUCCCCGCGCCGGAACAGCCCAAGCCAUGGCCGAAGGCCAGUUCCAGUCCCAGGUGCUUGAUGCCCAGUGUCUGACAGCACCGGGGGCUUACUGGUGGGCACAGGGUGGCCAGUGUGGACCUUCUGGGGGGAAGGCGGACCCCCGGCCGCCUCAUCUUCCCGGGGGUGACAGGCUGUCCUAAGAGGCAGACUGGUCCAAGAGGACUUGGUCAUUGCGGCAGCGUCACCGCACGGGAAGUGCCCAGGCAAUAAAGAACCCUUGUUUUAAGCAA